GUCUGUAUACCUCCGCAGGUAGAGGAAAUGCUCCUAGACCAAUCAUAUCUGUGUUUACACCAUCACCUGUCAAACACACACCCUCUGCUGUAUUUUCUCUCUGUAAGGAGCUGAAAAACACACUCACACUGAAGCGCUUACGGUAGCCGCUAACUGGACGGACUCUCUGGCAAUUGACCUUUUGCAGUGGAAUAGCGGAAUAAGUCUUGAACCAUGAGCUCAGUGGCAGUGUUGACCCCGGAGAGCUUUGCGGAGCAUCGCAGUGGCCUCAAGGACCAGGAGAUUACAGGGUGUGUCCCGGAGGAUGAAGCCUACAUCCCCACCUACCUGGAGGCCUUCCCCCCGCUGCCGGAGAAAGGGACGCCAGGGGAGAAGACUGGGGAACCGGCUUCGGCGUGGGGGAGCAAGAUCAGGCCCAUCAAAGCCUCUGUCAUCACCCAGGUGUUCCACGUCCCCCUGGAGGAACGUCGAUACAAGGACAACAGCCAGUUCGGGGAGGGCGAGGAGGCCAAGGUGUGCUUAGACAUCAUGCAGCGAACAGGAGCCCACAUCGAGCUGUCCCUGGCCAAAGACCAGGGCCUGUCUAUCAUGGUCACCGGAAAACUGGACUCUGUCAUGAAGGCUCGCAAGGAAAUAGUAGCUCGUCUGCAGACACAGGCUUCAGCGACGGUCGCUAUCCCAAAGGAGCACCACCGUUUUGUCAUCGGUAAAAACGGGGAGAAACUGCAGGAGCUGGAGCUGAAAACGGCCACAAAGAUCGCCAUCCCACGGCCGGAUGACCCCAGCGCCAACAUCCGCAUCACGGGCACCAAGGAGGGCAUCGAGAAGGCUCGCCACGAGAUCCUCCUCAUCUCUGCCGAACAGGACAAGCGAGCCGUGGAGCGUCUGUCCCUGGAGAAGGCCUUUCACCCCUUCAUAGCUGGUGCCCACAACCGGCUGGUGCAGGAGCUGAGCCAGGAGACCGGCGCUCGCAUCAGCAUCCCUCCACCGAGCCUGCCCAAGGACGAGAUCGUCAUCACGGGGGAGAAGGAAGCGGUGGCACUGGCACUCAGUCGCAUCCGAGCCAUUUACGACGACAAGAAGAGGAAGACCACGACGAUCUCGGUAGAAGUGAAGAAAUCGCAGCACAAGUACAUCAUCGGUCCCAAAGGCAACACCCUGCAGGAGAUCCUGGAGGCCACAGGGGUGUCGGUGGAGAUGCCUCCGCUGGACUCGGGCUCAGAGACCAUCAUCCUCAGAGGGGAACCCGACAAGCUGGGUCCGGCGCUCACACAGGUCUACGCCAAGGCUAAGAGUGUGAUGGUGGUGGAGGUGACCGCUCCGGCUUGGCUGCAUCGCUUCAUCAUCGGCAAGAAAGGACAGAACAUCGGCCGGAUCACACAGCAGCUGCCACGGGUUCACAUAGAGUUCACAGAUGGGGAGGAGCGCAUCAGUCUGGAAGGACCGACGGAGGAGGUGGAACAAGCUCAGGCCCAGAUACAGGAGAUCAUCAAAGACCUGCUGGUGAGGAUGGAUUACACUGAAGUCUUCAUCGACCAGCGUUUCCACAGACACCUCAUCGGAAAGAACGGAACAAACAUCAACAGAAUUAAGGAGCAGUACAAGGUGUCAGUUCGAAUCCCCCAGGACUCAGAGCGAAGCGGCCUGGUCCGGAUCGAGGGCGACCCUAAAGGAGUCCAGCUGGCGCGAAGGGAACUCAUCGAGAUGGUUCAGAGAAUGGAAAACGAGCGAACCAAAGACCUGAUCGUGGAGCAGAAGUUCCAUCGGACAAUCAUCGGCCAGAAGGGAGAGAAGAUCAAGGAGGUUCGAGACAAGUUCCCCGAGGUCAUUAUCAACUUCCCCGACCCAUCGCAGAAGAGUGACAUCGUCCAGCUCAGAGGCCCCAAGAACGAGGUGGAGAAAUGUGCCAAGUUCCUGCAGAAGAUCAUCGCUGACCUGAUCGAGAACAGCUUUUCGCUCUCCGUUCCCAUCUUCAAGCAGUUCCACAAAAACAUCAUCGGUAAAGGUGGCGCUAACAUCAAAAAGAUCCGUGAAGAGACCAACACUAAGAUUGACCUACCUACAGAAAACAGUAACUCCGAGAUGAUCGUCAUCACUGGCAAAAAAAGCAACUGUGAGGCAGCAAGAGAUCGAAUCUUGGCCAUCCAGAGAGAACUGGCCAACAUUAAGGAGAUGGAGGUGACGAUCCCAGCCAAGCUCCACAACUCUCUGAUCGGGUCCAAGGGUUGUCUCGUCCGCUCCAUCAUGGAGGACUGCGGCGGUGUCCACAUCCAUUUUCCGUCAGAGGGUUCGGGGUCAGAUAAGGUCACCAUCCGAGGGCCAGUGGGGGAGGUGGAGAAGGCCAAGAAACAGCUGCUGCAGCUGGCUGAAGAAAAGCAAGUCAGUAACUUCACAGCCGAGCUUCAGGCCAAACCUGAGUACCAUAAGUUCCUGAUCGGCCGCGGAGGAGCCAACAUCCGCCGUGUACGAGACCGGACGGGGGCUCGCAUCAUUUUCCCAUCACCUGACGACACGGAGCAGGAGCUCAUCACCAUCGUAGGGAAAGAGGAGGCUGUUCGUCAGGCUCAGAAGGAGCUGGAGAGUCUGGUCAAAAACCUGGACGACGUGGUGGAGGACAGCAUGGUGGUAGAUGUCCGUCAUCACCGACACUUCGUUUGCCGGCGAGGCCAGGUGCUGCGGGAGCUGGCAGAGGAAUACGGCGGUGUGGCCGUGAGUUUCCCCCGAACCGGAGCCAACAGCCAGAAAGUGACUCUGAAGGGAGCCAAGGACUGUGUGGAGGCAGCGAAGAAACGCAUCCAGGAGAUCAUCGAGGACCUGGAGUCUCAGGUGAGCGUGGAGGUGGCGAUUCCUCAGCGUUACCACCGCGCUGUGAUGGGACCGAAAGGCUGUCGGAUCCAGCAUAUCACCAGAGAACACGAGGUCCAGAUCAAGUUCCCCGAGAGAGACGACAGCGCCGCAGGUCAGGAGGCUCCUCCACAGGAGAACGGUGAAGUCAGUCCAGAGGCGGAAUUCGUCCCCCGCAAGUGUGACAUCAUCACCAUCUCUGGACGGGCGGAGAAGUGUGAAGUGGCUAAAGCUGCGCUGCUGGCGCUGGUUCCCAUAACGGAGGACGUGAAGGUGUCGUACGAGCUGCAUCGCUACAUCAUCGGACAGAAAGGCAGUGGAAUCAGGAAGAUGAUGGAGGAGUACGAGGUGAACAUCUGGGUUCCGCAGCCUGAGAGGCAGCUGGAUGUGAUAAAGGUGACGGGUUUGGUGGCCAACGUGGAACGGGCCAAACAGGGUCUACUGGACCGGGUUAAGGAGCUGCAGGCCGAGCAGGAGGACCGGGCUCUACGCAGCUUCAAGGUGACCAUGUCCGUGGAUCCAAAGUUUCAUCCGAAGAUCAUCGGUCGUAAAGGAGCGGUUAUUUCUCAGAUCAGAAAAGACCACGACGUCAGCAUCCAGUUCCCCGACAAAGGAGACGAGCAGCAGGACCUGAUCGUGAUUUCGGGGUAUGAACGUAACGUGGAGGAGGCGCGUCAGUCCAUCCAGCAGCUGGUGGCCGAGCUCCAGGAGAUGGUGAGCCAGGACGUCCACCUCGAUCCUCGGACCCACGCCCGCAUCAUCGGUGCCCGCGGGAAGGCCAUCCGCAAACUGAUGGAGGAGUUCAAGGUGGACAUCAGGUUCCCUCAGCCGGGCUCCGACGAACCCGACAAGGUGACAGUGACGGGGCUUCCAGAGACCGUGGACAACGCCAUCGACCACCUGCUCAACCUGGAAGAGGAAUAUAUGCUCAGUGUGACAGAGACGGAGACGUUGGCAGCUUAUAUGAAGCCUCCGUCGCGGUACGGAGGAGGGCCGGGUGGAGUGGGCGGAGCUGACGACAGCGGCGGUCCAGCAAAGGGCUUUGUGGUCCGGGACGCACCCUGGAACGCAGCAGGGAAUAAGGCUCCAGACAUGAGCAGUGCCGAGGACUUCCCCACAUUCGGGACGGGCGUGGCCCCGAAGCAGACGUCGGCCUGGGGCCCCAAGAAGUUCUGAAGUCACUCAACUGGAGGACAAACCAGAACUUCUGUAAUGUAGACGACGAGAAAAAACAUCUCGAAUCAAAUUGCUGCUCGCCUUCCUUCCUUCUUCCUCCUUCGCGACCUCCUUUCGUCUCUUUCUCUGUAAAACUCCCUCGACCUUCCUCCCACGAUCAGCCGCAAUGAAUUCUGGGAGAACUGUCCCUUCUUUUUUCCUCAUCUGUCUCUACUUAGUACCUCUGCCUCCGUUUCCCUGAGAAAAUAAAAGGACGCCGAGUGCUCUCUUCAUCAUCGUCACCGUCCCGAAACAUUUCACAAACUGUCCUUCUCCUCGCUGACUGCCAAACCCUCCCCAAUUAUCCCAUCGCCGCGGUACGUGGGAAAUGUUUCAACGCUUACGAGUCAAGAAGUGGACAGAGAGCACGGAGGACGGGGUUUCCAGGGAGGUGGGGGUCGUGUAUUCAAGGUACGGUAGCUCGCAGGACUUUCCCACACGGGAUCCUUGUGUUUUACUGUGAGAGAAGAGUGCGUCGACCUGUUUUUCGGUUCUUCUUCGUGCUUUUCUAAGGUUUCCCUGGGCUCGCCGUGUCCGUUUGUAGAUCCCCGUUUUAUUUAUUUCGGAGCUGGAAGUAAAACAGCUGCUGUAGUCGACUUUUCUGGAGGCUUUUUCGUUUUCUUUUCUUAAUUCCGAUGAAUCAAAACAUGUGGAAGUCCUGCGCCGAGUGUUUGUAACGAAGGUCGUUUUGUCUCAACUAUUUAUUUAUUCCAGAAGGAGAUAUUUUAUUUGAACUACUGUGAUCAUGCGUUUUUAUAAAAGCACUCACUGUAGCUUGAUGCUUCAACCUUACGUUGGGAGUGAAUGCUGUUCGUCAGGGUUUGACAAACAUGUUACCAGUUGUAAUGUGUACGUGUACAAAGAACUUUUCGCUAUUUUUUUAAAUUGUGUGGGAUUUUUUUGUUGGUUUCGGGCAUACUUGGAAGACUGUACGUAUGCGUGAGUGUGUGUGGAAGUUAAAAUGUAUAUCUGAAUGAAGCUGAACCAAACUUUUCCAU